GUUUUGUGCUCAAGUGACAAGAAAGUUAAAGGUGUAAUUUCAUUACAAAGUGAUAUUGACAUCGCAGUUCAGAGUCAAGCAAGGAAGGAAUAUGUGGCGAUGUUGAACUUUAUCGCAUGAUCGCGUGGUCUGCAUUCAAGCCCUUUUGAUAAGCGAAUUUUGAGGCGUGCGUAAAGGCUUUAUUGGGAGAUGUAAAAUCAAAUUACUAUGGAGUAUUUGUAAUUGCAUUAGCAAGAAGCAUUUUAAGCGGUUUUACAUUGAUGAGGUUGGUAGGCUUAGCGCUGUAGCUUUGCUUAAAUUGAUGUUUGAUUUCACUCUAGUUGCAUGACAAUUUAAUUUGGUCAAUUUGCUGUACAAGGUGCAAGUGCAUGGUUUAGCAUAAGAGGCCAGCUCCUUAUUACAUUUCUGUUGUGUCAAAGCCAAUUAAACAUGGCAGAUUCAAGAAAGUCAUCAAGGGAGAGGCAGCCCACGGAAAAAAUGGCCGCUCUUCAGGCCUCUGAAGAAUCAAAGACAGAGCGGAAGUUUUUCAAGAUGUACGGCUCCCUUAAGGCCACAGUAAAGGCAGCUAGAACAAUCAUUAAGACAGAGACAGAAGAAGGUCCCAUCAAACAACAGAUAUCCAUACUGGAAGCAGGAGAGAGGGAAUUGAUGGAAACCUACGAGAUUUUGAGGAGACACAAGGUCCCCAUAAGAGAGGCCACCACGAGGAUGGACCGUGCCAACGCAAUGGUCAGAGAUAGCCUCAACGCCCUGGAAGAAGUUCUGGGAUCCCUAGAAGGUCCUUUUGACGCCGAGGAUCGGAAGCAGAUAGCGAAAGAAUUCUUGAAACAAGAAUAUGCUUCAUCGGUCUUCAGCUCAAAUUUAAGCGAAAUGGACCAAGGGGUUGAAACCAGCCAACCGCGUGGAGCCACACCAGUAAUUGACAUUGAUAGCAAUCCUGGACAGCCUGUAGAAUCUCGUAACACACCAUCACUUCCUCUUCAAGACAAAAUGUACCCAGGAGUUGGAGUAAACCAACCACCUGAAGGUAUUCAAGGGCAGUCAGCAGAACUUCCUGCCAAGACGUCAUCUCCUUCCCUUCAAGAUGAGAUGGGCCCAGAGUUUAGAGUAGGCCAGCUACAUGAUAGUCUACCUGAUUCGCAUGUGGAACCUCGUGACAAGACACCACUACAGCCGCCUCAGACAACGUCGGUUGACGUCCAGGGCUUAUGUAAGGCUUUAGCAGACAACAUGUACCACACAAGACUUCCGAUGCCAGUGCCACGCACCUUUAGUGGGGAUUCGCUCGAGUUUAUAGAGUUCGAGAAAGGUUUCAAGACUUUGAUCGAAAACCGUGGCAUACCACCAACAGAGAUGCUGUAUUAUCUGAAGCAGUACCUGACUGGUCCGGCAAGGGAGGCGGUGGAAGGUUUCUUUUUCGGGGACUCCAAAGAGGCAUAUGAUGGGGCAUGGAGGUGCCUUCGACAGAGGUAUGGUCAUCCUUUUAAUGUCCAACAAGCGUUCCGGAAGAAGCUAAGUGCUUGGCCGAAGAUAUCCUCCAAAGAUGCCAUAGGUCUUCAGAAGUUUGCGGACUACUUAAAGUCUUGUGAUGAUGCUAUGCCAUAUGUCACUGGCCUCCAGGUGCUAAACGACUGCUAUGAGAAUCAAAAGAUGAUAGCCAAACUUCCAGACUGGCUGAUUAGUAGCUGGAAUAGGGUGGUAUCAGAUGAGUUGGAAGGCGGCAGCUAUCCUUCAUUUUCUAAGUUUGUGAAAUUUGUUGCUAAGGAGGCAAGGAUAGCCAACAAUCCCAUUUCUUCUCUAGGUGCCCUGAAAUCUGAGGACUCUCAAAGAGAAUCAAGUCCCAAGACCUCCAAGAUCGAGCGAGAAGCAAGAAAUAAGGGAUCUGCUUUGGCUGUCAACACCAAGGAAAGUGCCGAAGGCAAGAACAUCCCAAACCAAGUCAAGAAGGCUCCAAAACCUUGCUGCCUGUGUAGUGAAACUGGACACAAGUCCGAGGACUGUGACAAGUUUUUGGCCAAGCCACUUUCUGAACGCAGGAAGUUUGUUCAAGAAAAUCAUGUAUGCUUUGGUUGCUUACAGAAGGGGCAUUUUUCUAAGGCAUGUAAACAAAGGCUGAAGUGUAGUACAUGUGGUAAGCGCCAUCCCACGGCUCUUCAUGAGGAAAACCCUACGAUAAGAGAGGACAAUGUGCACAAGAGUGAAGGAGCUUCUGAGGACAUGGCUACGUCUUGCCAAGUCCGUUCUGGAAAACAAGCUAGCACUUCGAUGAUUGUACCAGUGUGGGUCGCGGCAGAACAAGCACCAUCGUCAGAGAUUCUGACUUACGCCCUCCUGGAUACCCAGAGUGAUUCAUCGUUCAUUCUAGAUGAAGUAGCGCAAGCCCUGAAUGCUAAGCAGCAACCCAUACGCUUAAAGUUAUCUACUAUGACUUCGUCAUCGAACAUUGAUUGCAGCGUGACCUCAAGUAUCUUAGUUAGAGGUAUGAUGUCGCCCUCCCAGCUCAAGAUAGGAAAAUGCUAUACGCGUGACUUCAUACCGACUGAUAGAGAACACAUCCCAAGCAGAAGUACUGCUGAGAAGUGGACUCAUCUCCAAGAUGUUGCAAGAGAGAUGCCAGCACUUCAGAGAUGCGAAAUCGGCCUACUGAUAGGCUAUAAUUGCCCAAGAGCUCUGACACCAAGACAAGUAGUUACUGGUAGCGAUGUAGAACCAUUUGCUAUUCGAACUGACCUCGGCUGGAGUAUUGUUGGCUUUGCCGAAGAAGAGAAUGCCAUGGACUUCAGUAGCCAGUGUGGGAGGGUUUCUACUCGCGAGAUACCAUUUCCGAAGCCAAAGGAGAUCAUAGGGUUGCUUGAGACAGAUUUCGCAGAGGACAAAUCGCCGGACAAAGCAUGCUCUCAGAAUGACCUACAAUUCUUGAAAGACCUUGACAACAAAGGUCGUCCAAACAAGAAGCUUGCCGAAUACUGGAGGCCGGUUCAGAAGCUCGUACUGCUUCUGGAAAAGGUACCUCCAUAGAGCAGGUAUGUAUGUACACUUGAGAUUGUUUGGAGCGGGUACAAAUGUUUGACCUUGCAUUUGCACAUGUACUUCGUUUUCUGGUACAGUUUAAAAAUUUAGGACUCAAAUUCUGAUCUUGUUUGCUGCGAAUUUUAGAUACACAGCGCUUAAAUAUUGUCGCAACCUUUAAGCUUGCCUUACAACCUUUGCAGUGUGUGUUAUAAUCUUUUACAGCACAUGUUAUAAACGUGCAUUGUUUGAGUUCCGCAUCAUCACUUAUGCCAUUCUGGUUUGAUCAAGCUAUUCAAUUGCCAUGUUAUUCGUGUUGUAGAUUGCAAGUGUACCAAUUUACAUGCAAGAGGUGUAUGGAGUGCUUGCUUAAAAAUUUCCAUAUUAUGGUCACAUUAUUUCACAUGCACCACUUAUGUAAUACUAGUAAAUGCAUUUUCAUAUAUAUGUAAGUGUACUCAUGCAUGUGAUUAUGUUACCAGUGAAGGCAAUUUUGGUGGGAGUGUAAAGGCACUUCAUACACCGUGCGGUUGUAAUUGUCUAUUUGGCAUUCCAUAAUUUUAUCGUCUGCGAAGAUUGUAAUUUUUGGCCCAAAACUGGGGCACGUUAUGGCGAUGGAAAAGGAAUUGCAUCGUUAAUCGGCAUAUUAUUUAUGCCUGCCUGAGACUUUGGUAACAAGUGGCACAGUGUUUUUACGGGAAUCUAAGGAACAAAGUGAAUCAGCAAGCCAAAGAGUCAGCUUUGACCAUGAUGAAGAGACUAGAUUCAAUAAAGCUGUUUUGACUAUUGUUUACCCAGUA